GAGAAGAGAAGCCUACUGUGAGGCUAAGUCCACAUCCCUCAUAUUUUGUAUAGAUAAUAUUGUUUAUUCAAAAAAGAAAAAGAAGAGAAGCCUUCCUUUUUGGGCCUAUGUUUUAGCGGGCUUUGAGAAAGAGGUAUCAGACUUGUUGGGCUGUUUCUGCAAAAUCACUACUGUUUUGUAUCUCCCAUUUGAAACUUGGAUUCCAUUAGGAAUUAGGAUUCUGGAUUUCCUACGGUAAUUAGUAUCCAAAUAUCUGUAUAUAAACAAUGUGAAUUAUAAGUUCAGCAGUUCGUUCUUGCUUUCAGAACCCAGAAGAGCAGCGAUCAUAAACCCCAAGCUACUUUCUCUCUCUAGAAUUUGCAACAAUUUAUUCGUUUUGCUUCAAAAGAUUACAAAUUGUUUCCGUUUUUCGAUUCCGGUGUUCGAAUUCCGUCCGGGUUCGAUUCGCUCUUUCGAUCGGUACCGAACUUUUCGAGAGAUUCAGAAAAUCGAUUCCGACGUUUCAAUGUCGCUGUCAAAGGAUCCUGCUUCCGAUGGAAGCUUCACGCUUGCCAUUUCGGAAUCCAAAACGACGUCGCACACUAGGAUUAUCGGCGUCAUACGUCCUCCCCAAGACAUCAGAACCAUCGUCGACAAAACCGCGCACUUCGUGGCGAAAAACGGACCCGAAUUCGUGAAAAGAAUCGUCGCUGAAAAUUCUGGAAAUUCGAAGUUCGACUUUUUGAGUUCUUUAAGUCCUUACCAUGCGUAUUAUCAGCAUUGGUUGUCUGAAUUCCGGGACCGGAAUCAGCAACAUGCAGACUCUGCCGCGCCAGAGUUGGCGGCGCCACCGGCUCCCGCCUCAGAUGGUGGAGCAGGGUCACCAACGCCUGAUCCCUCUGCCCAGUUUAAAACGGUGCAAGAGGCAAUCGAGACACCGGAAGCUGAGCAGUAUACUGUUCGGAUUCCGGAAGGGAUUACUGGGGAAGAGUUGGACAUUGUUAAGCUGACAGCCCAGUUCGUGGCUCGAAACGGGAAGUCAUUUUUGGCGGGAUUGACAAGCAGGGAAAUCAAGAACUCCCAGUUCAAUUUUCUGAAGCCGGGCAGUGUGAUGUUUGCGUUUUUUACCUCUCUUGCUGAUGCGUAUUCGAAGGUGUUGAUGCCUUUAACAGAGAAGCUUAGGCGAAGUGUUGCAGACAUGGAAACCGUGCUUGAACGGUGUGCAAACCGGCUGGAGUGGGAGCAGUCACAAGAGAAGGAAAGGCGGAAGGUGGAGGAUGAGAUUGAGCGGGAAAGGAUCCAAAUGGCUAUGAUUGAUUGGUUUGAUUUUGUGGUCGUUGAGACAGUAGAUUUUGUGGACAAUGAGGAUGAGUAUUUACCUUCUCCGAUGACGGUUGAGGAGGUUUCUAGGAGGAUCAGGGUCACGGAUAUGGAAGAAGAUGUUGUCGAGUUUGAUAAGGAGAUUGAAAUGGAAAUGGAUGACGAAGAGAUGCAGCUUGUUGAAGAGGGGUUGGCGACAAAGGACGUAGAAGAACCGAUGAGAGUUGUGAAGAACUGGAGGAGACCAGAGGAGAGGAUUCAUGCCGAGAGAGACUCAACGAAGUAUGUUGUUUUGCCAGUCAAGGAGCUUAUUCCAAUCAGUGAGAUGUCUGAAUACAUGAGGAUUUCUCUCAUUGAUCCGAAAUUCAAAGAUCAGAAAGAGAGGAUGUUUGCUAAGAUUAGGGAUACUACUCUUGCUCAGGAUGACGAAAUCUCAAGGAACAUUAUGGGACUUGCAAGAACCCGUCCUGAUAUUUUCGGUACCACAGAGGAAGAGGUUUCUAAUACUGUCAGGGUUGAGAUCGAAAAAAAGAAAGAUGAGCAAGAAAAGCAGGUCAUAUGGGAUGGUCACACUGGAACCAUUGGCUUUAAACAAAAUUAUGUUCUUAACAAUGAUGCAAGGAACCUUCCCGGUCCUACAGCACCUCCUCCAAAAUUGAAUGUGCCUUCAGCUCGUACUCUUCUCCCGCCACCUGGUCCGACCUUGAAUCUACCUUGUGUUCCUCUAAACACAGUCCCGUGUUUUAAACCCACGCAAGUUCCCCGUGCCUGUAUUCCUUUCCCUGUUCCUUUACCUACAAUGCAAUUGAUGCCACCGCCGCCUUUGCCUCAGGUCAUGCCUCCACCACCACCACCACCUGAAGAAGCCUGUCCACCACUUCCAGAAGAGCCCAAGCCAAAGCGGCAGAAGCUUGACAAUGGUAUAUAUGCUUAUUCCGGAGGAUCGGUUUCUGGCACAGCAUCGGGGACCUGUUUGCAUCAGAGUUUCUGUCCUAGUGCCAAUGAAGGUAAUCUUAAGGGGCAAUUUUUGGAGAUUACAGUGCAGUCUUUGUCUGAAUCUGUUGUUAAGCUGAAAGAAAAAAUUUCCUCGGAGAUUCAGCUUCGUGCAAAACCCGGCUUUCUCAAGGACAAUUUGUCGCUUGCUUACUACAAUGUUGGAGCUGGAGAAACACUUACCCUUUCAGUACGAGAGCGUGGUGGAAGAAAGAGGUGAUCGGAUAUGGUGACCAGGACGAUUAAGCUGCUUGUUGGAAUUUUUUCGUUACAGUGAGAAUACGCAAUAUAUCAUGUUGAACUCUUUAAUUCUGUUUUAUUUGAUGCUUAUAUGGUGGAUUAUCUGUCGAUCAUGCAUUAAUAAGAUGAUUUUAUUCUGAA